AUGGAUGAGGCAUUUCAUCAGUUACAACACCAGCCCAUUGGAGCCACUUUGGCAAUCUUUCUUCCCGAUUACGUCAGAGACCAGAAAGGGAUUUAUGGAGGACCAACCAGGGCGGGUUCUCGGCUUGCCAGCUUUCACGCUGUCUCUUUGGUUGCUGAGGACGAAGAUGAGAAUGGGGAGAGGUAUGUCUUGGCUAGAUCAAGUGAAGGAGAUGACUUUGGUCAUGACGGAUGCAUAGAGGUUUCGUAUGAUACCUUAAUUCUCUGCCUGAGCAGUGUUCCGUACCCUACGUCACAGCUCUACACUACUGUUCAAUUUCGUCUACCCUAG